AUGACAGCUAUUACUGUCACAACAAUCUCCAUAUCAAUCUGAAUUUCGUAUUUAUAUUAAAUCAAUAGGAAAUUCCCUGAAAACCAUUUUUUCGAAAAGCACAAAUACGAAUCGGUUGAAGCUAUUAAAAAACCGUACGUACUCCGCUGUAAUAGGUAGGCACAACCCUAUACAAGAUGCCGAAAAAAAUGGGACUUAACACAAAGGCAGUGGAGGCACGAGAACGAAAAGCGGAAGCUAAAAUGGUACAAAAAGAAAAGGCUGCGAAGGCAGCCGAGGAUGCUCUCUGGGCAGACGAUGAUAAGCAACUAGCCAAGAAAAAGAAACAGAAGGAGGAUGAGGAACGCAAGCGAGCAGAACAGUUACGAAAAAAGGCCGAAGCAAAAGCUUUACUGGAACAAGAAAUGAGUUCGAUUCAAACCGCUCCAAAGAUGUCUGCCCAAAAAAUUACCCGUUCCCAGAUCGAUGCCGAAGUAGAGAAGCGUAAUCGAGCGAUCGAAGCUGUUAACAACCCUCCGAAAAUCGUCGCUCCCAAGGUGAUUCCACUCGAACACAAUCUGAAUCGUGUAAUGGCAGACACUGAAGUGGCGCAAACAAUCGAUCAAGCUCUGGCGGUAUUGAGCGUGAAGGAUGGCGAUGAUCGACACCCGGAAAAGCGAAUGAAGGCAGCGUACAAAGCAUACGAGGACGAACAACUACCAAUCUUGAAGCAAGAAUAUCCCUCUCUGAAGCUUUCACAGCUAAAGCAAAUGAUCUUCAAAAAUUGGCAGAAGGCACCGCAGAAUCCAAUGAACCAGGAGGCGUGAACAUAUGACCUAAUAGCGAUUGGCUACAAGGAAAAAUUGAUUGUGACAUAGAAGGUCGGGAUUUAAUCAGUACAAUUAAUCCGUUUCGCGAACCAACUUA